CCGCAACACCACGAUCAGGCGCACUCUCGCUGUCUCUCAGUUCCGACGUCAAUGGUCGGCGAGGCGCGCUUCCUGACCGCCGCAAUAGGCGGCGACGACGACGCUGACAACGUGCAGGGCAAAUGGAUCGGCCUGGCUAUUGUCAUCACCUCAGCUGUGCUCUCCAACCUCGGCGUGAAUGUGCAGAAGCUCUCGCACGUGCGGGAGGAAGAGAAGCCUGUGUUCGAGCGACAGACUUACUACACGCGACCUCUGUGGCUCACCGGCCUGGUGCUGGUUGUUCUAGGUGCCGUGGGAGAUUUUGAGGCGUUGGGCUUCGCUCCUCAGGCGCUAGUGGCGUCUGUAGGUGGCGGCUUUACGGUACUGGCCAACGUGUUCUUCGCGCACUUGUGGCUGGGCCAGAUCCUGACCAGAACGGACGUGCUGGGCACACUUCUCAUCAUCAUCGGCGUCGUGCUCAGCACUGUGGCCAAUGAACCAGAUGAGCAGAUGUCGCUGGUGGAGCUGGAGAAACAGUUCUUCCAGCUGGGCUUCCUCAUCUACUUGGGCGUCAUGACGGUGGUGCUAGGCGCCAUUUUCGGACAGAUUGAAGCCAUUUCGAGGCUGCCUAGAGCGCUAAACGAGAGCAAGUACAGGUUGCUGCCCUUCAUGUACGCGACGGCGUCAGGUAUCUUCGGAUCCUUUUCGGUUCUUUUGGCCAAGUGCGCCUCGAUCUUGCUGAUCCUGACGGUCAGCGGAGAGAAUCAGUUCGUCUACUUUACGACGUAUUUGUUCAUGGGGGGCAUGAUGUGCACGCUGGUGCUGCAGACGGACCUGCUGAACCGCGCUAUCAUGGUCGGCGACACGCUCAGUGUGUUCCCCAUGUUCCAGUGCUUUUGGAUCGGGUCGAGCGUCAUUGGCGGCGUCGUGUUUUACGAAAAGUACACGCGCUUCUCGCUCUUUGACUGGAUUUGUCUGCCGAUUGCGCUGGCCUUCAUCAUAAUGGGCAUCUAUCUGCUGGCAAAGCAUGGAGAAGACGAAAGUGACGAUCUGGACGACCCUGAGCACACUACGCCGGGCCAUCGUGCGCAUCUGACAGGUCACUUUGGUGCUCUCAUGCCGCUCUCACCACAGGGUCACUCGUACAGCACCUUCAGUCGCAAAAGCUUCGACGAUCGCGACAGCGAGACCACUCCACUACGGUACACUCCAUCAAACGGUCGCGUGAGUGACCACAGCGGAUACGGAGGCACCAAUGGGUACACGAACGGCAAUGACAAAAGUCACCGGAGUGGCCAUCCCGUUGGCCAUUGGCAUGGUCCUCACGGUCGGAGGCACCACAGCGACGAUCCGGAGGAGCAACGGCUGUACAGUGGGUCCAUCUAA